UGCGGACGCGGGCCGCUUUGUUGACCAGCGCCGGGUACUUACAGGGGGGUACGCCGUAUCACGUGCACGAUUUCGGAGCUUUGCUUCGGGAAUCUUUGGCGCGUCUUUCACAAGACCAACCACGCCUUUUACGUGCCCACGUCCGUUUUUCGAAACCUCGACCCCCACCUGCGCAAUGCCCACCAGAUUGGGCACGUCAUCUUCAAGCAUGCACACUCAGGCGUCUUUUGGUUCCAGCAUCAUUGAGAGUUCGCCAAUACGGCAAUCACCCACAAGAAAUGGCGUCCGCAACAACCGAGCAUCAGUCACACGGGAUCCAUACGAAAGCCCCUCCCGGCAAAUGCAGCUCGAAUUCAACUUGAAGCUCAGCAUAUCCGACCGGAACUUCAAUGAGCAACUCGACCAAGCUGCUGCAGAACGCGCGAGGCUACACGAAGAACAGCUGGCGCGAGCUGCGGAGGAGCAUGCGAAAGUGUUGAGGGGCGCAGAACUGGAGCUGCAGAGGCUGUCCUUGGAGGAGGAAAAGGCGCGUCUGCGAAGUCAGGAGGAACAGCAAAGGGCGAUCGAGCAACUGCAGAAAGAGAAAGCACAGCAGCAAGCAGAGGCGCAUAGGCGGCAGCUUGAAGCACAACGGCGAGAGGAAGAGAUUGCGAAACAAGCUGCCGAACACCAAAAGAAGCUCCAGGAGGCGGAGGCACGUCAAAAGGCACACAAGGAGCAACAAGCAGCUGCCGAACGACAAAGGAGAGAAAAAGAGGUGGCAGACCGGAAAGCUAAGGAGACUGCAGACGCCGCAGAAAAUGCUCGAGUACAGCAAGCCGCUCAACAAGUCACUCAACAAGCCGCACAACAACCACUAGCACAAGCUGCACCCGCCGUUCCAGCACAACCCACGACCGCUGCGCAAGCUGCAGUCGCAGCACAAGCACCCAAUGAUGCCAUCAAUAGCAUACAUGCAAAAUAUCUGGAGCUACACAAGCGGAUGAAGGAAUUUAGGGUAACCUUCUGGAACCAGAACAAGAAGGUUGGCCAACCGCUCAAGGAGCCCAUUGGCAAUGCUCGUCGAAACAUGCGCCUCAAGCUUGGCCAGAUCAAUGUCGCACGCGCAACCAGUCAGGCGGCAAUCAAGAGCUUGCGAGCAGACUCAUUCGACGUCGCACUCAACACCCCUGGCGCAACAAUCGACAUUCGCCCCUUCCUAGUCAACCAAACAAUACCGCCCCUCGCCAACGAGGCCGAAGCGCAAUACCCAGCCUUCCUGUUGUACAUGUGGAUCAUGUUCGAGAAGUUCCUGCUCAAGCAGUUCGAAAAAGAGGCAUCGAACGAAGACGGACGUAUCAUCCAGGAAAUUGGCCUGAUCGCUGCAAGUCUUUUCGCCGACCAGAAGUACAUGUGGAAGGGCAUCUCGCUCAUCGACGUCCUACUGGCAAAGAUGCACCACAUCUGCCCCAUCCUCUUUGGCGUACGAGGCACCAUGAACACCGUGGAGGGGCAGAAGCGACUAGGCUGGAUGCCCAUUGACAAGCAGCCUCCCACCGGCGAAAUCUACAUGCAGCGCAUCCGCGGGCUGUCAGCUGGGUUCGCGGCGAUGUCGUUACGAGCGUUCAAGACAGUGCCCGCCUUGCCAAUGUCUGAGUACUGGCGUGUCCUCGUACAUGUCUGCAAUACGCCUCCUGAAAACCUUUACCCCGGACACUUCGCCAUUCUCAACGGCCUGCUGCGAGACUUUUACAAGAAGUUCCUUGGCUUCUACGGCGUACAGGCUCGCGGUGUGCUGAGGCGUGCGGUCGUCGAUGUGCCAGCGCGUGCGCCUGAGCGAUGCAAGGAAGCUGCGGGCAUCAUCAGUGUGUUCCAAGAGCAGUGGAAGAAGGAGAACUUGUUCCUAAACUAGAGAAGGUGGACUUAGAGGAUAAAUGGGUUGGAUUUCCGGUACCAGGCUUCGCGGGGAAGCGGUCGGUUGCAUCUCUUUGUCACAUAUCAGUCACUGCAUUUAUCGGCGUUAUCAGCAUUACAACAUAUAAUUGCUGUGGGGUUGGGUGGUUACUUUGUUAUAUCAAAAGGUGGAGAAAUAUCGAAGCAUUAGGCCAAGGCUACCGCCACUAUCAAACGGAGAUACUAUACUUGUACCGAUGUAUGUCUCCCUAACCUUGUGCCGCUGACUCUCUAGACAGGGUGUCGACCUUGAUAUCGCCCACAGCUAUAGCCAACAGCUCAGAGUCACACACAUCACCUUGAU